GGUUUGCACAAGUAUUGCAGUCUCGGUGUCAAUUGUACAGGCAAAAUGAUAGCUGCUGGCACCGAAGCUACCGCAACGGAUUCGUUUGUAAUCUUUUGGGAUACACGUAAAACAGAGCCAAUCACUACGUUUAAAGAUUCUCACAGUGAUGACAUAACCCAGAGUAGAUUUCAUCCAUCAGAUCAGCAAAAGCUGGCUACAGGAUCAACGGAUGGGUUAGUUUGCAUAUUUAAUCUAUCAUCAAUGAACGAAGAAGAUGCAAUUGAAUCGGUGCUCAACUCUGAGUCAUCUGUGAGUAAGAUUGGUUUCUUUGGCUCGGAAUGGGAUUUUCUGUUUUGUCUGACACACAUAGAGUCAUUUCAGCUAUGGAAUGUUGCUGAGGGAGAGCUCAUCACUACACAUGCUAACAUGAGAGACAAGCUUAAGAGUCAUUGUAAAGUAACUCCAGAUUAUCUCAUUGAUUGUCUCUAUUGUGGCAAUGAUUGGAAAGAUUGUUCUCUAUGCAUAGCAGCUGGAAGUGGAAAUGGAUCAGUAUCAUUACUGUCUGUUGAGAAUGGUGAUUUUCGACUUACGGGAAGGCUUGUUGCAGGACACCUGGAGACGGUCAGAUGUAUCACUGCAGUUCCAAAUUCUGGUUUGAUGGCAACUGGAGGUGAAGAUGGUUUUGUUUGUUUGUGGCAUCUAAGUUCUGCAGAUGGUCCUUCAGAAAAGGCACUGCCUUCAGACAGUUUGAAGGUGCCAUCAAGCCUGAAGGCCAAACGUAGACGAGAGAAACCUUAUUGACUUGUUUAUAUUACCCCUCAGUUAGUGUGCAAUGCAUAUAAUAGAGCUUCCGCCCUUUUAUAUUCUAAAAUAUAUGUCAGUCAAUUA